CGCCCCUGGCCGCGGGCGCCCGGCCCCUUCACGGUGCCUGCAGAGGCGCGCAGGACUCCCGGGCGCCGGCGGGGCGCGGGGCGGGAUGCGGGGUCCCCAGCCUGCGCCACCUUGACCGGGUUUCCCAGGCCGGGGCGGAGCGGCUCUCCAGACCCCUCCCAGGAGCGCGGGCGACCCUGGCGCCGGGAGGGGGUGCGGUGCAGGGUGGCGGGCGGACCCCGGGGAUCUCCGCGCCCGGAACCCCAGCGCGGCAGCGUGGCCGCGGAAAGGCGCUCGCCGCUGACCCUGCCGCCCUGGUUCCGCUGACGUUCUAGCGGACAGCUGGUGGACCUCACCUGGGCAUCUCAGGCAGCCAGGCCCUUAUUCACCCCCUGCCUUGUACCGACCGUGAGACUUAUAGCACUAGUUGGGGCGAGUCGUUUAGAAGGGUCUCAGAUGCGUUUAACUUUUCAUCUGUCCACCACCUUCUUUAAACUUUCCCAAGCUCUGUCACUGAGCGUCGCCCCAUCUCUCCCACUGUGGCCCUAUCAGCCGAGGUUUCACCUCUCAUCAUCUUUCAGGCUUUUUCCUUUUUCCUUCCCCUUCUUAGGCCUGUGGCAAUCCAGUCAAGGGAAGCGGAGGGAGCCAGCUGUUUUGUGCUGAAGGAAAAAGUAGCUCAGCCGUGAAAGCUUCCAUCCGCUGGAGAAGUGCGCCCGCCCAUCCCUGGGGGCUGUCUUUCCAAGAGGACUCUACACCCGAAAGGCUCUCUGCCAGGCCCUGGGGUUGUGGUUUCAUGCACCAGCAGUCACCGCCUUCUAGUUUAUACAAGUGGAUACGUGCCCUCUGCAAAAGCCAGGUUUUGGAGGCCUGAAACAUAACAACAGCUUCUGGGGAGGUUCUGAGGAUUAAGGAGGUUUGGCGGUUGCUAUGUUAAUGCUGCUGGUCUUUGGAGUGCUGCUUCAUAAGGUCCCGCUGAGUGGCCAAGACAAGGCUCCUUCCCAGGCCGAUGGCAUUCCAGGCUCACCUCUCUUUAACUAUGCCAGCCUCCGCCUGCCUGAAGAGCACAUGCCCUUCUUUUUGCACAAUAACAGGCACAUUGCCACGGUCUGUGGGAAAGACUCGCAUUGUCCUUAUAAGAAACACUUAGAAAACUUAAACUACUGCUGGGGCUAUGAGAAAUCCUGCAAACCAGAGUUUAGGUUUGGUUACCCUGUUUGCACCUACGUCGACAUGGGAUGGACAGACACUCUUGAAUCAGCCCAGGACAUAUUCUGGAGGCAAGCUGACUUUGGAUACGCUGGAGAGCGGCUGGAGGAACUUCAUGUGCUCUGCCAACCCGAGGAAACGAGUGACUCAAGUCUUGUGUGUUCCCGUUACCUUCAGUACUGCAGAGCAACCAAUCUCUACCUUGAUUUAAGAAACAUCAAGAGAAACCACGACAGAUUUAAGGAAGAUUUUUUCCAGAGUGGGGAAAUCGGAGGACACUGUAAACUUGACAUUCAUAUGUUGAUGUCUGAAGGUCAGCGCAAAAGCCCUCUGCAGUCUUGGUUUGCUGAGCUACAGAGCUACACUCAGCUCAACUUCAGACCUGUAGAAGAUGCUAAGUGUGACAUUGUUAUUGAAAAGCCAACCUACUUCAUGAAAUUAGAUGCAGGUGUUAACAUGUAUCACCACUUCUGUGACUUCAUCAAUCUGUAUAUUACUCAGCACGUUAAUAACUCAUUCAGCACAGAUGUGUACGUCGUGAUGUGGGACACCAGCACCUACGGAUACGGUGACCUGUUCUCCGACACGUGGAAAGUGUUUACUGAUUAUGAUGUUAUACAUUUGAAAACUUACGAUUCCAAAAGGGUAUGUUUUAAAGAAGCUAUUUUUUCCUUACUCCCCCGGAUGAGAUAUGGGCUGUUCUAUAAUACUCCUCUGAUAUCUGGCUGUCAAAACACGGGAUUGUUUAGAGCAUUUUCCCAGCAUGUACUACACAGACUGAACAUCACCCAAGAGGGACCCAAGGAUGGAAAAGUUCGAGUCACCAUUCUUGCACGGAGCACAGAAUACCGGAAAAUACUAAACCAAAAUGAGCUUGUAAACGCACUGAAAACAGUAUCUACAUUUGAGGUCCAGAUUGUCGAUUACAAGUAUAAGGAGCUUGGGUUUUUAGACCAGCUAAGGAUCACGCAUAACACAGACAUAUUUAUUGGAAUGCAUGGGGCUGGUCUUACCCAUUUACUUUUCCUUCCAGACUGGGCUGCUGUGUUCGAACUGUACAAUUGUGAAGAUGAGCGUUGUUACUUGGACCUGGCCAGGCUGCGAGGCGUCCAUUAUAUCACUUGGCGAAGGCAGAAUAAAGUCUUUCCUCAAGAUAAGGGCCACCACCCAACUCUAGGGGAGCAUCCAAAGUUUACCAACUACUCUUUCGAUGUAGAAGAAUUUAUGGACCUUGUCCUGCAGGCUGCAGACCAUGUCCUACAGCACCCAAAGUGGCCGUUUAAGAAAAGACGUGAUGAGCUGUAAAUGUGUUGAAGCUUUUUGAAAAAAGGGAGUGUUUGCACAGUCCCCCAUCCAGGCUCACCUCACAGUUAAGUCAGUAAAGCAGCCUGUUACUUCCUAGUCCCUAAUUACCCUUUUUUAAAUACCAAACCAUGCCUUCAGGAUAUUACUUACGUGUUUUAUAGUCUUUAGCUGUUUCAUGUGAUUUUUGUGUUAUUGCUGUUUAUCAAGAUACUAUUUUUGCACUGAGAACUUCUUACAGUUCAGAAAUUGGGCUUGGGCUCACAUGUGUAGGUGAGCCUUCUUAGGGAUACCAAAGUUUGCAACCGUCUUAGCUUUAGAAUUUGCAAAUGUUUUUAUUGAAUACCAUGGGAUGGUAAUUCUAGGGGCUUCCAACGUAUUUGGGUAAAUUCACGACAACUUACUUAUUUGCUGUGAUUUGUUCAUAGCACUGUUUGUGGUAAAAAAAGGAAAACAUGCAACACACACGAUUGUGGUUCUCAGUGCCAAGCUCUAGGGCCGUGUUGUGGAUCGGUGUUCUAUACAGGUCUGCUUUCCUCCGUCAGAGUCCAAACUAACUCCCACUGAAUUCUCUGCUGUAUCUUUUUAGUGAGUACUAGGUGAUGUGCGUCAGGAACCUGAAUACAGUGUGUGUCACGUUAAUUCACAUUCACAUGUUUCAUAUGCAGAUCAUGUUUUCUUCCCCAAAUGUAACAACCACAUAUGGUAAAAAAACAAAUGAGAAUGUUCUGUAGGACUGUUUUUAUACCUUCUGGCUGCUUUCCGCCGGUUCCUUCUCAGUCAUGGAGGGGAUUCUUAUAUCAAACAGUGGUUUCAUUGUGCACGUAUUUGUAACUGCAGAUUCCAGUGUGUCUGCAUUGACAUGUUUUAGCAUGGAACUAUUCCAGUCUUUGAUUUUUGCAAACUUUAGAUUAAUCACAAGAAGGAAAUUUUUUCCCUAUUAAAAAAAAGUUAAGACCAAAAAAAAAAAAGGGGGGGAGUAGAGACAUGUGAAUUAUCCAAUUCAGAAUGAAUGAGAAGCUAUAAGAGUGCCGUUAAUUAAAAAGCGUAUCUGAAAUGCAGUCCCACUCUUUGAAUGGGAUUCGUUUCUCCCUGUUUAUGAACUUCUCAGUUUAGUGUUCAGAAACUAUGGCUUGGUUUUACUGCAGAAUGUGAAGUUUACAUUUUCUUAACACUUGAGUAGUCUAAUACAGAGACUAAUGACUUAUAUUUUUUUUAAGUAGAGGGUUUAACAAAGCACAGCAGAGCUAAGUUUUUUUUUUAAAUGUUUUAGAGUUGUGGGAAAAAUAAUGCAACAGAGAAGUGACCCGAGAAACAUAAAAUAUUUAUUAUCUAGACCUUUACAGAUAGCUGACUCCUGCUUUAAAGGAUUAUAGACAGUCUUCUAGAGUUCAGGAAUAUUUAUUAAAUAUCUGUAAAGGGAAUAAUAGUGAAUCACUGUAGCAAUAGCUUUGAUUUGCGAUCUUAAAAUUGUUUAGAAAGACUUAGAACGUAUGAAUUUUGAAGGGGGCAGUGUUACUGCUGUUCUCUGUCCAGAGUAUGGAGUCACCUCUGAGAAGAUAGUUCCUGUGAAAGGAAUUGUCUAGCCCAUGUUGCCCUUUCAGUCAGAGAGACGUAAACGUCUGAAAAAGGAAGUUUCAACGUUUAUCUUCUUACCUCAUUUUAAGAAGCAUGUGGCAGUGUGGUUCUGGAGAUGAUCGAGAAUUUCAGACAUUGAGAACAAUUUCAUCAUAAAAUACAUUUGCAUAUUUUGCAUUUAAAGAGAGAAUACGUUUUGUAGCAACAAGAGAAUAUGGUAGACACUUAAUGGAAUUCAUUUUUAUCAGAUUUUUUUAUGGGAGCAAAAGGUCUUCAAAGUAUUAUAAAUUUAGAAUGUAAAGAUUGCUCUUUUUAUUCAGUCUUUGAAAGAGAUACCUUUCAUUGUACAUUUUUGGGUGUGGCUUUGGAAUAAAUCUUUUUAUAUCUUCUUAUUUGAA